AUGGUUUGUUUGACAAGAAGAGUGCAAACUCUGUGUGUAUUGACAUAUAUAUUGCUGAACGCAAACACGGGUCGGAUCUGUUCGGUGCAAACGGUGUGUGAAUUCAAUAAACUGUGUUUCUGUGCCAACUAUACCUCCCAGUUGUCUGAAGUGACCUGUCUUGGAGUCAAUAUGAGACUCAAUGAGCUGCCAAACAGUCACUUCUAUCGGAUCAGAAUCAUAGGCUCGCGUGAUUUGGCACUCAUCGCGAGGGAUGACUUGUCGAGUGUGCGAUCCCUGUCCUCCCUAUCCCUGUCUCGGAGCAGACUGUCAUCAAUCGAUGGGCUGGCGUUCGCUCAGUCAGGUGUGGAGCAAACGCUGACUACUCUGGAGCUGUCAUACAGUGAGUUACGAGAGUUUCCAUCCGCGGCUUUAGUCCAUUUGCAUCGACUUCAAUGGCUUAGUCUGCGAGCAAAUAAGAUCGAGGAACUCAAGGCAAAGGAUUUUCAGGGCUUACAGUCAUUGAGAAGUUUGCUGUUAAGCGACAAUUCCUUGCCUCUCAUACACGACAACACGUUUACAGAGCUCUCGAGUCUUGAAUUUCUCGAUUUAGAUGACAAUAUGAUUGCGAGGGUAGAGGGAAUGCCCUUCCCGUCCGCACUGAUUACGCUAUCCAUGUCUAACUGUCUGCUGCAAGAGGUGCCGUCCGACUCGUUCGCCAAUCUUCAGAGCCUACAGAUCCUCCAAUUGAGAGGCAAUUUGAUCCGUCACUUACCGCACAUGAAAUUCUCGACUCAAAACUUACAAAUGUUAGACUUAAGUCAUAAUCUAAUUUCCACGAUUACUCCCAAUGUUUUUGCUUUCACUACUGAACUCCAAAACCUAAAUAAUCCGCUUAAGUCUCGCAAAAAAGAGACGCUGAGGGAUAGGGAGGCCAGGGAUGACAACAGCGAACGCGAAUGGAGUGCCAGUGCUUUAAAGUUCGGCAAUAAAGUAAACACUUCGCGAUUCCGUAUAAGGGAUUUGCAUCUAGACUUCAAUUUCAUUCAAUCCAUUCCGAGUGGUCUGUUUGCACACAUUUCCUGCGAUCGGUUAUCCCUUUCAAACAAUCGCAUCGCCUCUCAGUUCGUAUCAAACGAGGCGUUUGACGGACCGCUCGUACAGACACUCAAAGCCAUUGAUUUAAAUUAUAAUUUAAUCGAUUCCUAUCCAAACGCAUUGAAAAACCUGAAAAAUAUUCGCCAAAUUCUGCUCAAAAAUAAUCGCAUCAAACAAUUGGACGCCAACGCGUUCAUCAACUGUAGCCACAGUCUGGAAGUGUUGGACGUCUCGCGAAACCUGGUGUCAGAGAUACCGAGCGCCGCCCUCUCGGCCACUAAAUCGCUGAUAAGACUCAGUCUUUACGACAACUUAAUUACUCGCGUCGAUGACAACGAUUUGGGUGUUUGGGCGCAAACGCUGCUGUCGUUAAGUUUGUCCAAAAACUCCAUCAAAUAUAUCUCUGGGGAGGCGUUCAGACACGCGAAGAAUUUGCGAGAAUUACGUCUCGGAGGGAAUAACAUACUGCACGCCAGUCCCUACGUGUUGAGUCCGGUGCCGGCGCUCGAGGUGCUGGAGCUGAGCGAUGCGCUCAAUCACGUGGACGCCGAGCGGGUCGUCGAGAGCGUCGACAUCGGAUCACUUGAUUCGCUCAAAUGGCUUCAACUCGACUACAAUGGACUCAAACGACUGCCCUCUCCCUUAGCAUUGAAUGCGUUGAAGUCGUUAAUACACUGCGAUCUGGAAAGCAAUGAGAUCUCAGAAAUCUCAUCAGAGUUGGCCGGAAGCGCUAAUCUAAGUACUAUAAUCUUAAGCCGCAAUCAGCUCUCCGUAAUCAAGUCACACACAUUCGCACAGUUACCACACCUCGAGAAUAUAGCCCUUUAUCUCAAUCACAUUCACACCAUCGAGACCCACGCGUUCAGGAAUGUGUCCAAGCUGAAAACGAUUAUUUUAUCGAAAAACUUUAUACAGCGCAUAGAGUGGCAGGCGUUUGACAGUUUAGGGCAGAGCUCGGCAUCCCUUUCCAUCCUUCUCGACGAGAAUCGACUGAAAUGUUUCUCAGCGGACAUAUUCAGCUCAAUGAGUAGUGAAGGCUUUCUAUACAUUAAUGUAUCGCACAAUGAGAUCAAACAUCUGAGUGGAUGUGCUGGCGAACGAUCCGAUGAGAUAAAUGUGAGAACUAGUAAUCAUAGUGUCUCUGGAGGUGAUCAGUCAAUACAAACACUGAACGUACGUGUGUUGGAUCUAUCGUAUAACCAAAUAGCAGACAUUCCCGACUCAUUCAUCGAGAUUAUGUGCCAAAGUUUACAUUCGUUACAUUUGAACCACAAUAAAGUGAUUGCAUUUCCCAUACGUUUACUGCAACUCUGCCCUCAGCUCCAGAUAUUAAUUCUGAGCAAUAAUUUCAUUACCGAUGAUGUCGUGAACUACGCUAACGAGUCGUUUGUCACUGAACUCCAAGUGCUAAGUCUCCGGCACAACAGAAUCCACUCUAUAAUAGACUUCACGCCUAUAUUCAGACAAAUGAAAAACUUAAGAGUUUUAGAUUUAAGUCACAAUUUUAUUAAUAAAUUACCGGAUAAUGGGUUUGCGGGCACCAUUAUCUCCAGACUACACCUAUCGCACAAUCAUUUAAUUAAUGCCGAGAUAAGCAACCAAACGGCAAUCGAUGAGGAAAAUAACUGCUGGGGAGUGGAGUCUAGUCUCAUAUAUUUGGAUUUAUCGCAUAAUUACUUGACUUCAGUACCCAUUCAAGUGAUGUCAUGCGAGAACCUAAUUGAAGUCAGUUUUGCACAUAAUCUCAUUCGCGAGCUAUCGGUGCCAUCGAUGCGUUCAGUCGCCGCUAAAUUCAUAAGUUUGCGUCAAAUCGAUUUCAGCCAUAAUCCCAUCAAACAUAUCGACAACAAAUCAGUUAUUUUUAGCGCUCAGCAUUUGAAUUCGUUAAAAUUAAAUAAUGUCAGCCUGGCGACCAUCCCGGUGCUUCACUUUCCACAGUUGACACAUUUGGAGGUCUCGCACAACCAGAUAUCGCUCAUUGAUCCGCAAUCGAUGGCUAUGUGCCGAGAGAUUCGUCACUUGGAUUUAUCGCAUAAUUUCUUGCAAGACGUGCCCCGGUAUCUGUGGAAAUAUAUGACUAAAUUGCAGACAUUAUUACUCCAAUACAAUCCGAUCGAUAUCCUCGACACCUCCAGCUUCUCUGAGUUCAAGAAUUUGCGGCAUUUGGACAUCAGAGGUCUUAAUCUACAGUACAUCGACACCCGACUCCUUCACAAUCAUCGGUAUUUAUUAUCGCUAAAGUCGAGCACUUACCCAAAUGUACGGUCAUUCCGUUUACACGAUUUAUUAGCCAAAUCGAGUUCAUUAAGGAGUGCCCUCAUUGACGUACAGGAGACCACUUUAUCCCAUCAAAUCCAAUGGGCUUUCGGGGCCAAACUCAAGGAACUCAUAAUCACCGGUUCCAACUUAAUUAAGAUACUUCCCGAUGCUUUUCUCGGUCUCUAUAAUACCCACGACUUAACCCUUCGUGUGACCGAUACUAACAUCAGUUCACUGCCACCGGGUUUAUUGAAAUAUUUGGCAGAUAUUCGCUUCAUUACCAUUGAUUUGAGGAAAAAUAAACUCAAAACUUUAAAGCCAGACGUCUUUCUCGUUAAGUCCGAGAAUAAGUUCAAUAAAAACUGGGAAUCACAGCAAAUGUUAGGGGGUAUACUAUUGGAUGAUAAUCCACUCCAUUGUGAUUGCGAUCUCAUUUGGAUCAGUGAUUGGAUGAAGAGAUUAAUCAGUGAUAUGCGGGUCGUCAACAUCGAGGCGGCACUUCAGGCCCACACCAUGGCAUCCAUGAGUCAAUGCAUUGCAUACCUUCCCAUUCCUAUCAACCUGAGAUCUGAAGAUAUUUUGUGCGAAAACAUAUCAUUCAAAGUGACAUCAAAUGGUUGUGCUCUCGAUUAG